CAGCUAGCAAUCUUAACAUUGUGGUCGUACUUUUGCUGAGAAGUCCGCGUGGUUUGAACUUUAUAUUUAUUUAUGUACAUCUUUUAUUACUCAUCAAACCGUUCGUAGGUUGCAGAUCUUUUGUUUUGCGGAAUUAUUGUCGGUGACUUUUGGUCCCCAAAAGAAGGGGAGUUUAAGGAUAAUUAGGCAUUACCUUUGUACCUGGUUUUAUAUCCUGUUGUGUGUUUUUCCAUAUUUUUAACCAUUAAGUUGCAAGCUGAUUGGGUCGAUACUUGAAAACCUUUUCUUUUUUGUUUUUGCAAAAAUACUACGCGAUCGCGAGUGAAGCGGGGGCUAAUUAAUCGAGACUUUCUACAUGUUAUUUACUCGCAACCAGCAGUGGCGAUCAAUAUGCGAAAGGGUGGUUAAGGCGUUCGACAGCCAUCAUUUUUAGCGACUGUUGUGGUUCCGUCUUUGUCGACCCCGAAAUCACCAAACUAUUGAGCCACGUUGAGUAUAUACCUCGAUUGUUCGGUUCGAUGCGGUGUGUGAAGGAAGCCAUUCAUUAAUAAGCAAAAUAGGAGUGAAAUCAAGCACGAUUGUUAUUUUUGGAAGCUGGUUCGGAAAGAAAGAUGACCAAUUCGGAGAUCGAUGGAUAAGGAAGUGCGUGUGAAGUGAAUUGGAAACAUGAUCUGAUGUCGUCUGUAGUGGAAUUGAAUUAUACCUGCACCACAUUUAGCCUGUAUAGUAGUAGCUAAUCUGAAGUCAAUGAUCUAAAGGAGUGGAAACGAAAAGAUGUGCCAAGGAAGAAAAGAAUAAAUUUGAGACGCACUACUGUUGUCAUCAUUUUAUGGCCGUCGUCGUCAUCGGAUACUGUUAGCUAUUGAUCAGAAGGGGAAAAGUUUGGCAGGCGUGUUUGUACGCCCCGAAGGAACGAUUCAUAUGUCACGGAAUGUGGUACACGUUGGAGAAAAGGCGGCUCAACGAACAACUUCUGAAUACUAAUGUGGAAGGCGUGACAACCCGUAUGACUGCGAAAGGUCUAGCUUGACGGUUUUCUCCAUCGGAAAAGCUUUCGAAUCAAACCGAAAACGACUGACAACGAUUGCUACUUCAUCCGAUUGAAACUAGUCAACGCAUCGGAAAUCAUCGACCGAAAUCUGAUUGUAGAUUCCGUGCACUUUGAAAAUAAAAGCCUCUCUUUUUUGAGUGGAUCCUAACAGGUUUAACGAGCCUUGAGUGAUUCAGCUAGGUGUGAAGAGAAAUUAAAAGCCGUGCUGUUGUGGUUUUCGCCUGCCGUGUCCUAUCAUUUGAAUUAUGAGCUAAUCGGUUUUGAGAGUGCCGUGUGUCUUAAAUAUCGGGUCUGGAUGUAGGGGAAAAAGUGUGGCGAUAAAAUUGGAUACAAACAGCAAAACCGGCACGUUGUGGCAGAAGCCUACAGAACACGCCUGAGGUGACUUGAACGAUUGGCUUAACGGGGAACUCCUCAUCCGAUGAACGAAGCACAGGAAACAUCUCGAGCGAACAACGAUGGGAUAUUUCUCGAAACGGAACGUUUUCAUUUACUGCUGCAUUUCGGCGUGUUUAUCACUGAUCACCUACCUGAUCGCAUUUUCCUGCGAAGUUUCGUGGAUACUGGAAGCUAAUGGAAAACUUCCCCUGCCGUCCUUCCUACUUUGUGCGGAGUUUUUCGUGCUGUUCAUAUCGUCUGCAAUUCUAAUCCAUGGAUUAUCAACGGGCGUUUCGUGGGGCUUACUCAGCUGGUCGAUCAUCAUAGGGGUGCUGUCCGUGCCGGAGUUGGCACUAGUCAUGUACAUGACAAUUCAGCAUUGGGGCCUGCAGUCAGCACAUGGACUAACGGAAUUAAUAGGUUAUUUAGUACGUUUAAUAGUCAACUGCCUGGCACUGCUGUGUGUCAUUCCGACUGCACUUCGAUGGCGGCAGGAAAAGAAAGUCCUCUCUCAGCUGGAAUCACUCGCGUCGCGUCUUCAGCUUACAACUCCAACUCCGGCUACUCCCUUCAACGCUACAAAUGGCAUGAACUCACUGCGGGCCAGUAAGAGAAGCCAAGCCAGCAGACGACCUUCAACCGGGUUCGACAAUCCCGGAUACGUACCGCACGAGACUAACUCCGCGGACAUCGUACAACAGUACACCCAGUACAACAAUCUCUACGGAUCGCAGAGCGAAUUCAAUGCCAGUAUAUUUGGGCUAAAUCCUUCACAGUACAUAGGACCUCCACCUCCACCGAUGGCUGCUGAACACAAAAAGACACAGUCCUUGCUAGACUUGCGGUUUAUCUUCCCUCCGAAAUUCCUUACAACAAACGACAAGAAAGCUGCCAAAGAUAGAGGGACUGAUGAAACGGAUAGUGUUCUGAACAAUAAUCUUAAGAACAAUCGAAUCAACAACAAACUAAAUGACGGGACAGGAAAAUCCCUCAAAGAUAACAACAGCGUAAUAGAGAUGAACACAGAUCCAACGGCGGCAGCCAACGACCCGAUCUAUCACACGAUCGAAUCAACUAAGCCCAGCAAAAUUCUCGGAAGAAAUUGCGUCUCUUUGGAGAACUUAGGAAACAUCACUCUCUCCGAAUCCCCAUUGCCAUAUAAGAAAAACGACUUUGCUCAGUACCGAUACGGCAACAAUCUACUCAAGAACUACGCACUGAAUCCUUGGAAUGUCAUCGCAUACAAUCCAGCCUACAGUGCAUAUCCUCCUGCUUACAUGCACUACCACAUGCAUCCAUACCUCUACCAGAUGCAUCACAACAACUUCCCACCGGCUACAGCAGCUGGAUACUUCGCCUCGCCUCACCAUCAUCACCAAAUGCAUCCCCAGCAGCAUCACCCGGGAGGUCUUGGGGGACACUACAGUGCCAACCAGUCCACCAUCAGCUACGGGUACAACAAUGGCUAUCUUAACAGUGCAAACAAUAGUCGACAAUCGCUGGGCAACGAGUCGGAUGACUUUCGCAAGUACCGAGAUGUGGCCUUGUGAAACGAGGUUUGACUCGUAGUCGGCCGGGAUUGGAAGUGCAUAAACGGAAGAACGGAAGAGCUGUCGGAUACGAGCAAGUAUUUAUUUAUCGAUCGAUUGCCCUAGUAUUGAUAGUGUAGUUAAGAAGUAUCAGCGAAUCGACGAACGACAAAGUGUACGUAAAGUUAGUGGUAGGAAUUGUAGGAAUACUCAAGAUGAAACAAAAAUGUGCAGUAAUCGAAAACACCAAUAUUGUCACAGUUACCUUUCUAAGACCUAAGAUCGAAGAAAUUACGUAGAAACCCGAUGUAUAGGCGAAACGAAAUAAAGUAUUUUAUAUUAUGUAA